CUUGCCAAAGGAAAAUAUAUCAAGAUCAUGGGUGAUAAGAAAACCGAUAAUUUAUUCCCCGAAAGUGGUUACAAGCGUCACCCUCCUUUAGGACAAACAAUGUCUUGGAAUUUCAAUCCUACCUUUUCCGAGAAUAAAAUAAGUGAUUUUAAGAACACGAUCAAAAGAUCGAUCGAAACGAUUGACCCUAUCAAUGUAGUCGACCCUGAUCAUCUGCAUUACAUCGACUCAAACGAUACAUUUAGUCAUAAUCUCGAUAUCUGCGACAUUCCUAGCGAUAAUCUUUGCAGGAAUAUGAUAGAAAAUGACGCCGAUAUUACCAGCUUUAAUUAUUACAAUGGUUUUGAACCUAAGGACCUUCUACCGAACGAAAAAGACACUUUUAAAAAUGUUUCCAUUAACGAGUUAAACUCCAAUAAAAAAAUAUAUAGCCGCGACCAUAUGAGAUGUAUAUUUUGCGUCCCCAACUCUCCCCAUAAACAAUUAAAUAAUAACUCUACGAAUAUCAAUUUUAGUAUUAAUGAUGUUCCCUGGACGUUGAAAGAAGUGGACUCCAUACUUUAUUCAUCAGAAUCCCGAUUUUCAGCCUAUUUUGAUACAUCAUUCGACAGUCAACCACACCGCAAAGAGAUGGACAGGAAAAGUGAUCCUAAAGCUCACUAUAAAUUGACAGAUAGCGUUGAUAAACUAGUUUUCGCUUCGAAAUUGUCUCAUCUGAUGGCCCACCUUUGGUUAAAUUUUGCCAAGCUCGUGAAAAGAAUGAGUUCCCGGUUUAACAAAUGCACAAAAUUAGAACUUUUUUACAGUAUAAAAUUGAUAUUACCGAUUUCUAGUUUAAGAGAAACAUGUGUUUUAGCUUGCAGCAAAGCUCUAUCUUUAUACUCUCUUAGCAACGAUAAUUUCAAGAUGAGCAAAAGUCAGAGAGCUGGUAUCAAAAUGGAUGUGGGGAAAUUUCAUAGAUGGAUGGUUGAACAUAAGUUAGCAGCUUUUAUCAAGGAAUACGCCUCGGUCUACGCCGCGUCAUUCAUGGAAAUUAUGUGCGAAGAACUUUGUCUCCUAAUGCUUAUGAACGAGAGCUCUUUUGAUCAGUUUUUCUCGAUAUCAAAAAUAACUAACAAAAUCAUAUCCCUUUAUUCCGAUAACGAAAAUAGCGUUAAUUAUGAUAAUAAUACUCCCAAUUCAGAGGAGACUGCUUUCUGUAAUCAAAAUGAAUCAGCCGCGAGUGAUAAUGUAACAUGCUCUUUAGAGUCAAAUUUUCAAAAUAUCGGUUCUUUUAACGUAACCGGGUUGAGAAUUAUGAAUUUGUUCUUUUCUAAGACUCCUGAUUCUACACAGUCUGACGUACAAUCAAAAACAUUUUCUCUCUUUAAAACUAAUAAUUUAUAUCCCAAUGAUAAUUGUACAAACUUACUCAAACCUACCAUUUACGAAAUAACACUUGAUAUUAUCGUGGCUCUGAUUAUGGGUAGGCCCGUUAUACCCUACUUCUGUGAAGCCUAUAUCUAUUCAUACAUUCAUCACGUUAAUAAAAUUUUGAACGGCCAGUUAAAACUAUGCCAUUUUGAUGAAGUGAGUGAGAAACAAUUCUCUUUGUCUUCAACCUCAUCCAAUCUACACAAAUCGGGACCUUUCAUUUUCAAAUCUUUUCAGAGACAAAGUUCCCCACCCAAACGUAAAAAUAAAUGUCUAACCAACGCCGAUCAGAAUAACAACCUCAUGAUGAAUAAUAUUGAUAAUAAAUUCUUUGAUAAUAAGGAACACAAAUCCAAAUCUUUUAACAUGAAGGGUUCUUUCAAAAAUAUCCUUAAAACGAAUGGCUCAUUGCUGAUGCCUUUGGACAAAGUUCUUAGCUCUAAAGAGUGUAGUACCUUUAAUCAAACAGUCGAUAACGUGACCGAAGCGACUUCCUUCCUUUGGUUAAACCCAAACUUUCACGGCUUCCCCAGGCAUUACUAUCACUAUCAAGCUUUCAGCAAUUUCAAUAUCCUAAACAAUAAAAGUUUAAACAGCCGAACUUUUGAUUUCAAUCAUUCGUUAAAUCUUACCGGAGUUAAGCAUCAACACACUUUAUCUAGCCUUCAUGUGUUUAGUAGAUGCCCUCACAGAAUACCCGUAUGGACCAGGGAGGCUAUCAGGGAUUUUCAUUUUAUCUUCAAUUCUAACUCCGUUAUAAAUUACGCUUACACUAGGGAAUACGAAUUACUGAGCAAUAUAUUUGGAGUGGAUAGACCUUUGAUACCAGAACUAUACGAUUGGCUGAGGGUUAUUUUAACGUUGGUGGAACAUAGAGACGGCAGUCACAUUAUACCUGAGGAUGUUCAACAAGCCAGUUCUAUCUUAUUGCCUCAUUCAUAUCAUUCAGUUAAGCCCUCUACCCUUUUACAAUUCCACCAAGAACUCCUGCUAUCUAAUUUUAACGCCUACAAUACCUAUAAUUGCUAUAAUAAUACAUGCCCCCAAUCGUUGGCCAACAAUUUAAACAAUAAUACUGAUAAAAGACAAUCCAUGCUCAUAGAUUUGAGAUGUAGGCAAGCCUUGGCCUUUCAAAUGCUGAGUAGUGGUAAUCCUGACCUGGUGCCUAAUGUCUUAAAAUUGCUUUCUCAAUCUCAAACGUUCAGCUCUAGUACGAAUGUAGAUAAAAACUCUUGUGGGUUAUUGAAUUUCAGCGUUAAUAAUAGCAUUAGCUCAAUUGGAAAUGGCGGAAACCCGAGAAACAAUAUCAAUAAUUUGACCAUUAAUAUAAUUGACGAGGACGCUUAUUUUGAACAACAGACUCUCAUAACACCUUUAAUGUACUGCAGCGUUGACGACAAUUACACGAUGGUUAAAACCUUAUUGGCCUUUGUUUUGGAUAUCGAUAAAGAUGUUAUUAUGACGAAUGCUUCUUGCUGUAGCCAUUUGCCUUCAUAUUAUAGUGAGAUAUGCCAUUGGACUGCUUUAUCCUUUUCAGUUAUAUUCGGACAUCUUAACAUAGUUGAGGUAUUGCUAGAAAAUGGAGCAAAUGUUGAAGGCGGUAUUAAAUGCGGGGAGGAAUUAUGUUUUUCUGAAACUCCCCUUCAAUUAGCGUGCGCAUCGGGCAACCUUCGUAUAGUUACUUCGCUUCUAAACAAAGGAGGGGAUCCUUACUUAUGUACUGCUUAUAACCAUCGCAGCAGCUGUUGCUUGCCUCCUUCUCCUUCACCGAACGCUGCUAAUCAACGUCACUAUUAUGGCUUGAAUGUUAAUCAUAAUCGGUUCCAAGGGAAUUCUGUCGAAUACGGUGACGCUCUUUAUAGUGAGACCUCCCGAAGACUUUACGAAACACUUGACCUAAACCAUCACCCUAGUGCUCAUAUAACUCCUUUGAGCUCAACUUGCGGGGUCAGAGCAGGAAGCCAUGCCCCAUUUGUUCUAGCGGCAUCCCAUGGAAGACUGGACAUUGUGAGGGCGAUGCUCGCUCAGCCCCUUAUUCCAAAACCCAGAGAUAUUCUUUCUCUCGAGGAGAUACUCGCUGAAGGUUGUUCCAUGUUUACCCAUAACAGGAGUAAUAACUCCAAAUGCCCCAGUCCGAGCCCUUCUAGCACAUCGAACAAAGGAACAGGAGAAUUUACCAUCACAACUCAUAACUUGGAAAAAAUUAGUCUCGAAGAGGAUUCUACCCAAUCGAAAAAUUCCCAAAAUUCUCAAGCAACGAUAUUUACUUUUUCUACUUCAUGUAUUAACCCCAUAAAUACGCCAACGGACUUGAAUUCUAUCGUAUUUAGCCCCAAUUUUAGUAACAUGGAAGAAAUCAAUCAAUAUUCUAAUAUUAAUCACGUAGCUCUGACUCAUUCGACAUCUUUGAACGUUUCAUCUAGUGUUACAACUUUUCCCGUCCUGAACUCUGAACUCAAAGGUCUCGAUCACUCAAAUCUCAACUUGGAAGGGCCAAACACAGCAGUUGCUAAUAGAAAUAAUGUUAUGAACGUUACGAACAGCGGGGGAACCCUGAACGCCAUGAGUAACUAUAAUAAUAAUAGUGGCACUACGGGCAAAAGCAAGGAUAAAAGCAGGAGGCAUUCUCAGCCAAAACUAAAUUAUUCAAAACGUAUAUUGUCGCCAAACAUAACUAGUUUUAUCAAUAGCGUAAACAACAUAACUAACAGCAUAAAUAAAUCUGCCAACGAUUAUUUAACAUUGCAGGAAAUAUUGGCCGAAGGAUAUAUAAUGCCCUCAACAUCUGAUACUAUAGAAAUUAAGGAGACCAGUUCCAAUAGCCUUCAAUUACCUUCUUUCCCCGUGCUCCCAGAAAAUUUGAAAUCCAACAACAAAUUUACUAGUAACAAUUCAUGUGUAGCUUCUACAAGUUUAAAACUGAAAAAUACCAACAAUAUAAAUUCGUUAAUCGUGCAACAACCUAAAAAUUUAACAGCGUGUAAUUUAACCAAAGCCCAAGGAAGAGUCCUUAUGGAAGCAAUGUAUCAUGCAGCAGAGAGUGGUCAUAUUAUAAUAUGUAUGGAGCUCCGAAAUUUAGGUAUAGUUUGGAAUCUCCACAUCUGGAUAACUUGCUUGACUCACGUAGCUUCCCAACCUCAACCAUUGUAUACUCGAACUAGCCCAAAUUUAGCUAACAACUUUAAUACUAACAAUUUACUCUUUCCUCAAAAUAUCUUACAUUACCUGCUAACCGAUUUUCCUAACGUCAAGUUCGACGAAGUUAAUAUACCGGAGUUUCUGGAGGCUGCCUUUCCCAUCUUACUCAACCUAUUCCGUUCCUAUUUAUCUAAUAACUCAACGUCAGAACAACAUUUGGAUGUAACUGAUAAUCUGGAGGAUCAAAAUCGCCACAAUGAUGAUAAUUUCAAAACUAGCUCAGAAAUCUUUAAACCUGUUUGCAAAAUAUUGAGCGAUUGUUAUAGGGUUGGGGUUAGAACAGUUAUCGAGGAUGCAAUGUUACCCCCUCCGAUUCCGAAUUCACCUCAAUCGGUUCGAUCUACUCUUAUAGAUCCUUGCUAUGUAAAUAGCCCGGAGCUAUCUGAUAUAUCGUUUUUGGUCGAAGGGAAAAUAUUUUUUGGUCAUAAAAUCAUAUUGGUAAACUCUUCGCCCCGAUUUAAAGCCAUGCUAUGCGAUAAAUUCGCCGAAUCUAAUCAGGAUGUUAUACCCAUACCAGACAUACGUUACGAUAUUUUUAAGGUUAUAAUGGAAUUUUUGUAUAGCGGUAAAGUGGACAGCAUCAAAAACCGGGAUUCGGCAUUUGUUUUGGAACUAAUGGCCGCUUCCAAUUUUUUCUUACUCGACGGAUUGCAAAGGGAAUGUGAAAUAUUUUCUUCUAAUAUACUGGACCUUACGAAUUGCGUUUCCAUAUACAAAACCGCUCGGUUGUACUGCUGUGAGGAAUUGUCCAAUUAUUGCGUCGGAUUUUUUCUCAAAAACUUACCACACUUGGUUCAAAACCUGGAUUCUUGUACAGCUCCAUCGGAUUCAUUCUUAAAACUUUUUACCACAUCCGAUUUUUCCUCAGAAAUUUAUACUAGAAUAAAAAAAAUACUUAUUGAAAGACUUUUAAGUCGAUUAAACAAAUAGGAAAAAUAUAGCAUAAAAUGUUAAUAUUAUUUAAUUUAAUCGCUUCUAAAAUAUUAUUCUAUCUGAUUUACAAUCUUAACAGGAGAAUUGUAAAUUGAUG